AUGAAAUCCUACAGCAUUGCCUCUAUACCAGCGGACGGCAUCGGCCCCGAGGUCAUCGAUGCCUCCAUCGCCGUCCUCAAGACCCUGGCCGACACGCUGGGGUCUUUCAAAUUAGAAUUCACCCAUUUUGACUGGUCUUCAGACACGUACAAGAAGACAGGUAAAUAUAUCCCGGAUGGCGGCCUGGACGAGCUCAAAAGGCACGACGCCAUCCUGUUCGGCGCAGUUGGCAGCCCCGACGUGCCAGACCACGUCUCUCUGUGGGGUCUCCGCCUCGCCAUCUGCCAGCCGUUUCAGCAGUACGCCAACGUCCGCCCGACCAAGAUCUUCCGCGGCACGCGGUCCCCCCUCCGGGACUGCGCCACCUCGGACCUGGACUGGGUCAUCGUCCGGGAGAAUAGCGAGGGCGAGUACGCCGGGCAGGGAGGGAGGUCCCACCGUGGUUUGCCGUGGGAGACGGCGACCGAGGUGGCUGUUUUUACCCGCCACGGCGUCGAGCGCAUCAUGCGUUUUGCGUUUGAGCUGGCGAGGAACCGGCCGCGGAAGUUGUUGACCGUGGUUACCAAGAGCAACGCGCAGAGGAACGGUAUGGUGCUGUGGGAUGAAGUCGCCGCCGAGGUCGCGCGGGACUUUCCGGACGUGACGUGGGAUAAAAUGUUGGUCGACGCCAUGACGUGUCGGAUGGUGCUGAAGCCCGAAAGCUGCGAUACAAUCGUUGCAUCCAACCUACACGCCGAUAUCCUUUCUGAUUUAGCAGCAGCUUUGGCGGGUUCAAUUGGGAUUGCGCCAACCUCGAAUCUGGAUCCCACCCGCAAAAACCCCAGCAUGUUCGAACCGAUCCACGGAAGUGCUUUCGACAUUACAGGCAAAGGAGUCGCAAACCCGGUGGCCACGUUCUGGACCAGCGCCGAGAUGCUCGCGUGGCUGGGAGAAAAGGACGCAAGCGAAAAACUGCUGGAAGCCGUGGAACGGGUGUGCGAAAAGGGUGUUGUCACUGCAGACUUGGGUGGGACAGCCACAACGAAGCAGGUUACCGAUGCUGUUAUUGACGAGAUCAACGCCUUGUGUGCCAAGUUCAGUUAA